CUUUGGUGGAUCUUACAAGUUUAAACUUUGGAUACGGAAAAUUGGGGUUUACAAGAACAUAUGGGCAAUUGCAAAAAUUUAUCGGAUUUCUCCGACUAGGUGUCUUGGCGGUGGAGGAGCGUCGCCAGGGAAGAUUAGUUGCCUCCGGCGUCAUCCAGGUGUAAACAUGUCGCACAGUCCGGCAUCACACCAGGGGAGAUUUGAAAUCUCAAUAAAUUCAUUUUUAGAAGUCCAGGCCCAGCCCAAAAGAACAAUCGUCGACUCUCAAACUCGAAGGUCAAUGGACACUCCUAAAGGCGAAGCAUCGCUAGUGGCUACAUCUCGGCAGCUCGGCUUCGUGCCUUUGUCGCAAGGUUGAAGACGAGUAGGUGACGUGUAGGUUGUAGGUUGUAGUUGCUGUGUGCCUGCGUCAAAGGUUGAAGGCGACCUGCACUCUUGACUCUUCUCCUGCUUUUUAUUUUUAUCGAUCUAUCUUAUUUAGGGUUAAAUGAAUCGAAACGAGUCGAAUAAUGCGAUU